AUGGCGGGCACCACUGAUGUCUCCCGCGUGGAGGCUCCCGUCACAGUGAAAGCGUACCUUAUGUGUGCUUUCGCUGCGUUUGGCGGUAUCUUCUUCGGUUUUGACUCCGGGUACAUCAACGGAGUGAUGGGCAUGCCAUAUUUUAUCGAAUUAUUUACCGGACUCAAACAAUCGGACUUCCCCCCCGGAUCUUCCGAAUUCACCCUCCCUUCGUGGAAGAAAUCGCUGAUUACGUCAAUUCUGUCUGCCGGAACCUUUUUUGGUGCAAUCAUCGCUGGGGAUCUUGCCGAUUUCAUUGGCCGUCGGACGACGGUUGUUGCGGGCUGUGGUGUGUUCAUUCUGGGGGUUAUACUUCAAACAGCAUCUACAGGCUUGGGGUUGCUUGUGGCUGGUCGUCUAAUUGCUGGAUUCGGCGUUGGUUUCGUCUCCGCUAUAAUUAUUCUAUAUAUGUCCGAGAUUGCACCCAAGAAGGUUCGAGGUGCAAUUGUGUCUGGCUACCAGUUCUGUAUCACCCUCGGCCUGCUCCUUGCUUCCUGUGUCAAUUAUGGGACUCAGAAUCGAAAAGAUACUGGUUCCUAUCGUAUUCCGAUUGGCCUCCAAAUGCUCUGGGCCAUCAUUCUAGGGACUGGUCUCAUGAUGUUGCCCGAGUCACCACGUUACUUUGUGAAGAAAGGAAACCAUAAACGAGCGGGCGAAGUUCUUUCCCGGUUACGAGGCUAUCCUUCGGAUUCGGAUUACAUUCAGGAGGAGCUGGCUGAAAUCAUAGCAAACCAUGAAUACGAACUCCAAGUCGUUCCGCAAGGAAGCUACUUCAAUUCUUGGCUUAAUUGCUUCCGUGGCAGCUUGUUUAAACCUUCCAGUAACCUGCGCCGUACCAUCUUGGGAACCUCCUUGCAGAUGAUGCAACAGUGGACUGGCAUCAACUUUAUCUUUUAUUUUGGAACGACAUUCUUCCAGACUCUCGGCACCAUCGACGAUCCGUUCCUCAUCGGACUCGUUACUACCCUUGUCAACGUGUGCUCGACUCCAAUCUCCUUCUGGACCAUCGAAAAAUUCGGUCGUCGGCCCUUGCUCAUUUGGGGUGCUGUCGGCAUGUUUGUUUGCGAGUUUAUCGUUGCGAUCAUGGGUGUCUCCGCUGGUGACAACCCCCAGGUGGUCAAAGCGAUGAUCGCGUUUAUAUGUAUCUAUAUUUUCUUCUUCGCCAGCACCUGGGGCCCCGGUGCAUGGGUCGUCAUUGGCGAAAUCUUUCCGCUUCCAAUGCGUUCCCGUGGUGUCGGUCUUUCGACAGCCUCUAACUGGCUGUGGAACUGCAUCAUCGCCGUCAUCACUCCGUAUCUUGUCGGAACCGAUAAAGGCAACUUGGGUACCAACGUCUUCUGGUUGUGGGGCUCCCUCUGCGUCUGCUGUUUCAUAUAUGCCUACUUCCUCGUGCCUGAAAGUAAGGGGCUCACUCUCGAACAAGUCGACCGUAUGAUGGAAGAGACUACUCCUCGUACAUCCGCCAAAUGGGUUCCCCACUCCACUUUCGCCGCAGAGAUGGGUCUAACUGAAAAGAACGUGGCGUUGGAGGAGGUUCAGGUCUCCACAGAUAAGGGACAUGUUUAG